AGUUGGGUUUAACCACGGACUUGUAUAACCUGGAUAGGAAACGCAACAGAUAGCCUCAGGUCAUCUACGCCGCGCUACCGGCGAUUGUUUUUCCACCUCUGCGGGGGGUCAUCGCAGAGGCUCAUGGGUAGAUUCACUGACCAGCUCUUCAACUUUUGUCCGCGUAUCGCUUCAAAACAUCCUAAUUUCCAGUGUUUUUCGCUUAUAUACAGACUUGAAAGAUGCCACGCCGAAAGAAAAUGCCAGGUAUUGGCCAGAAAAAGAAGCACUAUAAAAGAAAGGUGACAACUUCAUUGGACAGAGACCACAGCCAUGCUCAAGUGAACCAUCAUAGAACAGAUGAUCAAGUAAUUGUGGAAAGUUCACAAGAUGAGUUUGGAGCUAAAUGGAGUGAAGCCUGGGAUGCCUUCUACCUUGGACAUGGCUCAGGCACUCACAACAACACUUCCUCCACUGAAGAACCAGAAGAAGUUGAUUCAGACUGCAGUUCCGCUAAUAGGUUCUAUGUCAUUUUACAUAAAGUUUUCUGCUAUGAAUCACAUGUGGACUUAGACAAGUUUGUCGGGAAACUAUGGAGGGAUAGAAGGUUUCAGUUAUUUCAACUUUUGAAGAAUGACAUCAAGAGCCAUACUGAUGCAUUGUCCGACUUCGCAAUUUCAAGGAUAACUGAUGAUAACAUCCAGCUUGUCCAACAUUAUCAUGGAGAGUCUCCAACAGUCAAAUUGUGUAUGAACAUAAGAUCAUCAUUAGUUCCCUCUCUGCUUGUACACAAGAUUGUGAUUGACAGAGAACAUGAUAUAUGGACGGGUCUUCCCAAAAUUGUGAUGUCAUUUGGGGACCUUCAGAAGUUCUUUGAUAGACUCCAACUUUGGGAUGUUUGUGUAGGAAAUCAUGAGGAAGAGUUCACCAGUACAAUGCCAAAAUGGGGCACUUCCCACACAAAGACGAACCAAGUUCUUGCAUACCAUGAAGCCGAUUUCUGUGCGAAGCGAGAUGAUAUUGAGUACCACUCUACCAUUCGAUCAACCAAGUGUUCCAUGUUGACUGUUAGAAAAAGGUGUAGCCAUUGCUGUUUGUAUAGAAACACACUUCGAAAGAAAGUUUCGCGUUCAAAACAGCAAGAAUCAUCAUUUACUGAGAAGAAAACCACACCCCAUAAACAUAUGUCAAAGGACAUGAUGAUAUCUAAGAUUAAGGUGAUGAAAGAUAAAACACAGCACCUGCAAACUGAACUUGACAAGAUUCGACGCAGCAUAUGGAAGAGCAUAUCUGUGAAAGGACAGAAACUUAAUGAAACUGACAAUGUUGAACUUUUGGGAUUGCUGAAGAAACAUACAGUUGAUGUUGAAAAGGCCUUCCCCGAUGAGAACUCGCUACAGAGGCUUUUCUGGGAUCAGCAGUUGAAAUGUGUAAGUUUGACAGACAGAAGGCAAAUGAAAUGGCACCCAAUGAUCAUUAAGUGGUGCCUUUAUAUCCGAAACAAAAGCCAAAAAGCAUACGAUGCCACCAGAGAUGCUGGAUUUAUCUCCCUACCAAGCACUCGAACACUGUUUGACUAUUCACACUGGUUACCUGCUGAAUGUGGCUUUAACUAUGCCUCUGUGUCACAUCUCAGGAAUGAAGCAGCCCAGCUGGGAAUGUUUCAGGAAGAAUGGAUGAGUUAUGUUGGAAUUCUUCAAGAUGAGGUGAAAGUGUCUGAGGGGUUAGUUUACGACAGAGUAACUGGUGAACUUGUUGGGUAUGUUGAACUUGAGAAAACUGGCAAUGACUUGUUGCAUAUGGAGAAUUUAAUUGCGAACACUAAGAAGAAACUAGCAUCUUCCAUUCUUGUAAUAAUGGUUAGAGGGAUUACUUCUUCCCUGAAAUACCCAGUUGCCUGUUUUGCCACAAGUGGGAUAACUGCUGAUCUUUUGUAUCCUGCUAUAUGGAAGGCUGUCCGAUUUUUGGAAAUUGAAUGUAGAUUAAAAAUUCUGUUUGUAACAUGUGACGGUGCAUCUCCUAAUAGAAAAUUCUUCAAUCUGCAUCACUGUGAGGAACUUCAAAACACGUACUGGACGUGGAACCCCUACUCAUAUCCUAGACGGAAGCUUUACUUCAUUUCAGAUGUCCCUCACCUCCUCAAAACCACCCGUAAUUGUUUUGCCAAUUCUGGAAGCCACAGCAAGUCACGUGACAUGUGGAAAGAUGGACAGGACAUCAGGUGGUCACACAUUGUUAGGCUGUAUGAAGAAUAUGUGGAACCAUCAAUUUAUGCUCAUGCUCACAAAUUAACCCGUGAGCAUAUUGACCUCACACCUUUUGCUAAAAUGAAGGUGAAUCUGGCAGCUCAGGUAUUGAGCAAAACUGUUGCGGAUGCACUUGAACAUUUGUAUGAUGAUUCUGUGAGUGAGACUGUGAAUUUUAUCAGACAGAUAUAUAUAG